AUGCCUGACAGCCUGCAACGUCAACAGCCGAAAGGUCAGGCUUCCGGAAGGGAUCGAGUGCCAGACUGCCCCGCCAGGCUCUCCGCAGGCAUCAUGGCCGAGCACGGCGCGAUGGUAGUCAGGCCACGGCUCAACUCCUGGCCACUCCGCUCCCUUGAGCAUUCGAUGAGCCGCUGCGGCAGGUUCGGGGAAUACAGCGGGUUGCAUGGCCACGUUUCUGCCUGGGCCCCCCGCCAGCCAUGGCUGUCCUAUGAGAUCGUGCCCCAUCAUCAACGCUCGUGCAGGCGUUCUUCAAGGCCCACACAACGUGUGUCGUACAUUACAUAUGUCCAUGCUGCCCGUUUCGCCUCCUGCCGUACGUACUCGAACAUGACGGGCUGCAGGCAGUUUGAUGUACAGGUAUGCGUUGUCUUCGCGGUGUCCGGGGGGAGGCGUGUGCAUGGGCGCAUCAUGUUCGAUUUCUGCGGCACCGGGUCCUGCACGGGCAAGCCUUGA